AUGAAGUGGGCCGCUUCAACACUCCUUUUCGCUGCUGCUGCCAACGCGCACACAAUUUUCCAAAAAGUCUUUGUCAACGGUGCAGACCAAGGUCUCCUUGUUGGCCUUCGUGCCCCAAGCAACAACAACCCCAUCCAAAGCACUAGCGACUCUGGUCUCGCUUGCGGUGCCUCUGGCUCAAAGUCAUCCACUGUGAUCAACGUCAAGGCUGGUGACACCAUUGGAACGUAUUGGCAACAUGUUAUCGGUGGACCUCAAGGAUCCAACGAUCCCGACAAUCCAAUUGCCAAAUCGCACAAGGGUCCAAUUCAGGUCUACCUUGCCAAGGUCGAUAACGCUGCCAGCGCUUCGAGCAGUGGUCAGAAAUGGUUCAAAGUCGCCAGCGAAGGCUUGAAUGGGGGAAAGUGGGCCGUUGAUACGAUGAUCGCGAACAAUGGCAUGUGGAGUUUCAAGCUCCCAAGCUGCAUUGCUCCAGGACAGUAUCUCCUGCGAGGAGAGCUCUUGGCCCUCCAUAGUGCAUAUUCGCAAAAUGGCGAACAGUUCUAUAUCUCCUGUGCGCAGAUCAAUGUUACGUCGGGUGGCAGCUUCAGUCCCUCAAGCACGGUGUCGUUCCCUGGAGCAUACUCUCCUACCGACCCCGGUAUUUUGAUCAACAUUUACGGUUCCAGCGGUCAACCGGAUAACGGUGGAAAAGCAUACACACCCCCUGGUCCUGCUGUCAUAACCUGCAGUGGCUCGAACACCGGUGGACAGUCAAGCACCAAUAACAAUGGUGGACAGUCGACCACGAAUGGUGGGGGAAGUGGUGCUCCGCUCUAUGGACAAUGCGGUGGACAAGGAUGGAAUGGUCCGACGACAUGCGCUCAAGGAACAUGCAAAUAUUCCAGUCAGUACUACAGCCAAUGCCUGCCAUAA